AUGUUCAAGUAUAUACCGAUGUUCAAGGGAUGCAACCGGCAGAUCGAGUACGUCGACAAUCGGCACUCGUCGCUGCCGAAUGUGCCGGAGGAGAUCUUCCGCUACUCCAACAGCCUGGAGGAGCUGUUGCUCGACGCGAACCACAUCCGCGAUCUGCCCAAGAGCUUUUUUCGUCUCUAUCGGCUGCGGAAGCUCGGACUGAGCGACAAUGACAUUAUCAAAAUUCCAUCCGACAUACAGAACUUUGUCAAUCUGGUCGAGCUGGACGUGUCGAGAAAUGAAAUCGGCGACAUUCCCGAGGACAUCAAGCAUCUGCGCAGCCUGCAGAUAGCGGACUUCAGCUCCAACCCCAUCUCGCGGCUACCGGCCGGUUUUACCCAGCUGCGGAAUCUAACCGUGCUCGGUCUGAACGAUAUGUCGCUCAUCUCGCUGCCGCAGGACUUCGGCUGCCUCUCGAAGCUGGUGUCACUGGAGCUGCGGGAGAACCUGCUGAAGAACCUACCGGAGUCAAUUAGCCAGCUGACGAAGCUGGAGCGUCUGGAUCUGGGUGACAACGAAAUCGACGAGCUUCCGUCGCAUCUAGGCUACCUGCCAUCACUGCAGGAGCUCUGGCUCGACCACAACCAGCUGCAACGGUUGCCCCCUGAGUUGGGUCUGCUAAAGAAGCUGGUCUGUCUGGAUGUGUCCGAGAACCGGCUCGAGGAGCUGCCAGAGGAGAUUGGUGGGCUCGAGUGUCUGACUGAUCUACACCUGUCACAGAACCUGCUCGAGACGCUCCCGAAUGGGGUGUCUCGACUGACGAACCUGUCGAUCCUGAAGCUGGAUCAAAACCGGCUUCACACGCUCAACGACAGCAUCGGUUGUUGCGUGCACAUGCAGGAGCUCAUCCUGACGGAGAACUUCCUGAGCGAGCUGCCAUCGACUGUUGGCAACAUGCUGGGUUUGAACAACCUCAAUGUGGACCGCAACUCGCUGGUGGCGAUCCCGAGCGAACUUGGCAACUGCCGGCAGCUUGGGGUGUUGUGUCUUCGCGAGAACAAACUCACUCGGCUGCCAGCAGAGCUCGGGAACUGCAGUGAACUGCAUGUACUGGACGUGUCUGGCAAUCUCCUUCAACACCUGCCGUACUCGCUCGUGAACCUGCAGUUGAAGGCGGUCUGGUUGUCUGAGAACCAGUCGCAACCGGUGCCAACGUUCCAGCCGGAUGUCGAUGAGGCGACCAAUGAGCAGGUGUUGACGUGCUUCCUUCUGCCGCAGCAGCGUUACGUUCCAUCGAACCCGAGCCAGCGUGAGGACACGGACUCGGAGAAUUGGGAAGAACGUGAGGCCUCCAGGACGCACUCUGUCAAGUUCACGGAAGACUUCGGUGCGGACCGGGACACGCCGUUUGUGCGUCAGAACACACCCCAUCCGAAAGAGCUCAAGAUGAAGGCACACAAGCUGUUCGCGAAGGAGCGCAAAUCGGAUGACAUGUCCGGCAAUUUGGACACCUUGUCCGAGGAGUCCGCCUCACGACCGUCACUGUUGAAUCGGUCUGGUUAUGGAGCUGCCACGAUGGAAGAUAUCCAGGGUGCAAUGCCACACGAUGAGGAAGCUGGUGAGGCGGUAGUGGCCACAGGCGCAACGGGGACAUCAGCUACGGAACCGGGAUCGGAUGAUGCACCGGAUGAUGAUGAUGAUGGGUAUGAGAAGCGCGUCGGAUUCGAGGUGAAUGAUGACCAGGAGUACGACGCAGAUCGGCAGCAGUAUGAUGAGGGUGAUGAACUUGCUGGUGGCAAGAAGCCAAUUUCCAAGCUGCACCGCAGAGAUACUCCACACCACUUGAAGAACAAGCGAGUACAUCACACCAUCACCGAUAAGAACACGAACCUGAUGUUUACGUCCUUGAAGCUGAAGGAGAUGACACCCCCGAAGCUUGAUGAACAUCCUGUGCUGGAACAGACACCUCCCGUAGCCGAAGACACCCUCGACACGUACACGUCGUUGAAGGAAGAACGCCUGGAGAUCCACAUCGAGCGCACAUCCGCAGGUCUCGGGCUGAGCAUCGCCGGUGGCCGUGGUUCCACCCCGUUUAAGGGCGAUGACGAGGGCAUUUUCAUCUCUCGCGUCACCGAAAAAGGUCCUGCCGAUAUGGCCGGGCUAAAGGUCGGCGAUAAGGUCCUGAAGGUAAACGGAAUCUCGGUAGAGGACGCCGAUCACUACGAUGCGGUAGAGGUGCUAAAGGCAUGUGGUUCGGUAUUGGUGCUGUUCAUCGCCCGUGAGAUGACGCGCCUGAUUGGCCAUCCGGUGUUCGAUGAUACCGGUUCGGUGGCACAGAUCAGUGUGGCUGAUCCGGAUGGUCUAGCUAAGGCACCUCCACCGUUGUUAGGUGCUCCUCUAGGUGUGCCACUCGUUGAGGGUAGUGUUCCACCCUACCUAGGGGCACUUUCACCCAAUACGGUUGGACUUCCGAAUGGCAACACUGGCACCGGGCUGGACCUGCCAAAUGGUAACGAAAUAACGCAAAAGAUCAUCCUGCACACGACGCUGAUCCGUGAUCAGAUCGGGCAGGGGUUGGGUUUCAGUAUCGCCGGUGGUAAGGGCCAUGCCCCAUUUAAGGACGGCUCGGAAGGGAUCUACAUCUCGCGUCUCACCGAGAAUGGGGUCGCACACAAGGAUGGCAAGAUCAUGGUUGGCGAUCGGGUGCUAGCGAUAAACGGCGUGGAUAUUACGAAUGCACAUCACGACUACGCAGUGCAGCUAUUGACGGAUCAUCAGCGCUUUGUGCGACUUGUAGUACAACGUGAGGUGAAAGGCCCUCUGGAACCUCUGCAUAGCCCGCGUAGUCCUAUCGUUGGCCCCAAUCGUCCUGGCGCAUACAUGCCCAAUCGUCUUGCAUCCUCGUACACCGGUUACCGGCGUUCGAAUGAAGACAGCCAAGAACCCCAGGGUCAUCCGGUCGAGCAGGUGAAAUCACCCGACCCGGAAGGACCAAAAGGUGGCACCGAGGAUCACCAACACCAGCAAAAGGUAACUGGCGGGGCUAAUGCACUCUCACCUAGCGCCUCAUAUGCACCGCACACGCCAUCAGCCACCCUGCAGGGUCCGCCCCUGCCUGCACCGCGUACAGUAUUAAUGCAAACCGUAAAUAACAAGCACCCCGCCGGGGGCCACGACACCGCGAAGGGCCCCAAUGGCGUCCCGCACCAGCCACUUCCGGAUCAGCAAUCGGGCCCUCUCGAACCGGUCACGAAUGUGGCCACUAACAACGGCGUUGUAGCGCACGCCGCUAGCGACGACCCGCAGGUUGCAGCCAGGCCCAUGACCAGCGCAGACUUUCAGGCCAUGAUACCGUCUCACUUUAUCAGCGGCGGCCGGCAGGUGACCGUGGACAAGUCCGACCACGGACCCUCGGUCACGGUCACGGUGCAGAAAGCCGUGCCGGACAUGCCGAUGUUGCCACCGGCACCGACCGAGCUCGGCACCGUCACGGAAACGAUUACCAAGUCGACGUUCACUGAGACGGUAAUGACCCGGGUCACUGACAAUCGCUUAUUGGAACCACUAAUCAGCGAGGAAGUUAUCCUGCCGAAAGAUCAAGGAUCGCUAGGCUUCAGUAUUAUCGGAGGCACCGACCAUUCCUGCACCCCGUUUGGGGCCAACGAGCCAGGAAUCUUCAUUUCGCAUAUCGUGGCCGGCGGAAUUGCGGCACUGUCCGGUAAACUGCGCAUGGGCGAUCGCAUACUGAAGGUGAACGGAACUGACGUGACACAGGCCACCCAUCAGGAGGCCGUGAUGGAACUGCUGCGACCCUGCGAUGACAUCAAGUUGACGGUACAACACGAUCCGCUACCGGCGGGCUUCCAGCAUUUUGAAAUAGUUGCAUUGAACACUGAGGAAGUACACCUAAACAAGCAAGAUGGAGAGCGGCUCGGCAUGCAUAUCAAGGGUGGCCUGAAUGGGCAACGUGGCAACCCGCUGGACAACGCCGACGAAGGUGUGUUCAUCUCCAAAAUCAACACGAAUGGAGCCGCUAAACGUGAUGGUCGGCUACGUGUCGGAAUGCGCAUCCUUGAAGUGAACGGAUUGUCGUUGCUCGGUGCCACGCACCAGGAAGCAGUCGAUGCCUUACGAGCAUCCGGCAGCAAGCUUCAUCUCGUCGUGUGCAAGGGCUAUGAGAAGUCGGAUCUACUACAUCUAACCGGUAGUGCCGGUGGCAUGAGCACUGGGCUGAUCAACAAUGGCGAUAGUACCAGAAUCGGGUCGCAUGCGUCGGAAACGGGAUCAGAGUUCAGCCAGAGUGUGUCCAGCCUAGACCGGGAUGAUUCGGUGAUAAUGGCCGAGACGCACCGUAAGCUGAGUGUGGACAAAAUUGACGAAGAGGUGCCGACGAAGCUCGUGGCUGAGUCCUUCGAACAGCCGGAAGUCACCUCGCAGGCCCUCAUCAGUGUCAAUCCUAGCGAUCAGCAGGUGGCAAUCGGUCCCAAGGAAAAAAGUACUCCCGAGAAGGUACUGGACAUAGUGCGUGCAGCCGAAUCCUUGGCCCUCGGUGGUCAACUGAUCGAAAAUGGACCACCAAAAUCACCGACUGAGGUCACCUCCGAGCCGCUGCAAAAAACAACCACCAUCGUGAUGUCCAAGCACACCCUCGACACCCAGGCACCUCAGGUCGAACGCCGCUUCGGAAGCGUACGGUCGUUGUCGCAUGCGAACGAACCUCCCAACUCCUCAAUUAACUCCUCCACUGUAGCAAACCUCGAUGUCAGUACUAACCAUCCCAAGGGCGAGCAGAAGAUUGUGCGGCCCCACCGACCACCACCGCCACCACCACCCUUUGCCGCGUCAUCAUCCACCAACAUUCACGCCCCGGGCAAGGUUCUGGACACCCCACCGCCGCUACCCACUCAACCACCUCCGAGGUUGUCGGGCGAAUCCACCGUGACACACCGGAAAUCGGUCAGCUUCGACCUGCACGAGGACACACACGGGUUUGAUACGGCGCUCCACCACGCCCGGGCUGCCUUUUCCGGAUCUGCACCUCCACCUGACUUGAAAGGUAUUCUGCGAGCGAGUAGCCCUUCUUCGACGACUCGCAGCAGUAGCUCGACACCCGAAGGUAGCCAUCCUGAGCGAAGGGUUAUGGUGGCUAACAUCGACUCCGAUCCCGACACCGAUUCCGACACCGAAACCGACUCCGACACCGAUUCCGACACCUCAGCAACGGCCAUCUUGGGAAACGCGACGGAGCCGCCAUCUGGUGGCGAGAAAGCUGGUCCUAUCCGACGAGCUGAGGUUGUUCGCAACCAGGCUGCACGUACUUUGCAGGAGGAGUUCGGCAAGGGUGACUUAGUGGUGUGUGAGCAUGACGAGGCGACGAACACGAUCCGGGAGGUGUCCGUAGGAUCUCGUACGGAGCGUCUAGAGAUACUGUCGGCCAAAUUCGAGACGUUACCGACCAAACGAACGGCCCAGUUCGUGCACGAGAACACACCGAACAACCUGCUCGUACCGGACGAAAUACACCGUCAGGUGUUGCUCGAGGAGAACGACGUGCGCAACAAGAUGUUGGCACAAUACGCACAGUACACGGGAACACCGAUACCACAUCCCCAUCAUCAUCUUUCGGGUGAACCGGUUGGUAGAGUCCCAUCCCCUUACUUAUAUGACAGCAGUUCCUCGUCAGUGUCACCUUUACCACAUUACGUUCCUGGCGGCUAUGAUCCGAUGCAUCACCACCAACAUCAACACCACCAGCUAAAACCGGCUGAGUACGGCUACCAUCAACUACCAGCGCAAAUCUACCCACCGGUGCAGAUCCUGCCCGUACACUACGCCAAGUUGCCGACUCCACAACACACCAUCUACACCUACGCCUCUGGUUCGGUACCUGUUAGUCACGCUCCGAUCAUGUCCCUCGCAGCCACCAGCCCACCGUUGCCGUAUGUGCCCCCCCAAUACCACCAUGUUGCGCCCUCCCACAUCGUGUCCCAUCCGGCGUACGUCGGUGUACCAUCGACCAGUAUGACCGGUGGCACGUACGUGUCUUCUGCACAUCCACCUGUCAGCCAUACGCCGGGGUCUGCUCAUAUGCCGUCACCUCCGAUGGGACCGAAGACGCCAAAGAGUGUGUCAGAUAAGAAGCGCUUCUUCGAGAACGCAAUGGAGGAUCAGCAGAAACCCACUCCCAAAUCAGAUAAAGUCUUCUCCUUUCUAUCACAAGAUGAGGUAGAAAAGUUAAGGCAGGAAGAGGAGCGCAAGAUCGCAACGCUAGGUGUAAACCAGCGUUUCGGUGCAGAUCAGGACGACGAGGAUGAUGAAGACGAUCGGUCAGAUUCUGGAGAGCCGGAUAAGGCGAUCACGCCUGGGGACAAGUCCGACAUCAAUGACAAUAACAUGAGGGAGGAGUCUUCUGUACGAUCCGGAGUUGCCGAUGAAUCCAGGGUGUCAGGAUCGCUACUGACGUCACCACUUGUCAAAACACCCAUGAGUCGAAUUCCAAUUCGAACGGUGAAUGCCGAGAAGAGGGCUCGUGCCAGCAACUGUCUGCCACCGGAGUACGACGAGUCCAAGCUGAGUCCGUCCGAGAUACGGGCACUGAGAGCUCAGAAGAGGGCGGCUUGGAGACAGGCGCGUUUAAAAUCACUUGAGAACGACGCCCUGCAAGCUCAGAUCAUGAUCCAGACGAUGAACGCCGCUGGUCUGAACAACGAAUCGUCUGCGAGUGCGGGUGAUAUCGUUGACGGUGAUGCCAAUCAACAACCGACAGGGAUAUCUCCUCCACCAAUCAAUGACAAGGAGAAACGAGAGGUCUGGCGGCAGAAUCUUCUGCAGUCACUCGAAAGUGACGCUCUACAGGCACAGAUGAUGAUCCAGACAAUAAACUCCAAUACAUCUGGUGAUGAGGCAAGCGUGAACGACAGUGUUGAUGGUAUCGGGUUGUCAACCCAACGGCAACAAUCGACCCGAAGCUCCCCACCACCGACCAUCGACGAAGAGCUGGUACAACGUGAGUACAACGACGGCAAGGACAUCGACGACUUGACGGAGGAUGGCACCGAUCGGCUGCAUCAGCGAUUCCCACGGCUCGCAGUGAAGUCGCGACCGGGCAACGAGGUGGUCGUGCGUGAAACGGAGACGAUCGUAGAAGAGAAGGUGACCCGCCGCACCGAAGAGGCUCCCGGUGGAGGUGUACGAACCGUUGAGUACAUUGAGAAGGUCAUCGAAACCGAGGUGGAGACGAUGAGAGAGAAGAUCAUCAUGUUCGAGCUGGAAGAUGCCUCGUCUGGGGAUGGCGAACGAGACACUAAACCUGGGCAGGAACCUGUAGCAACACCUACAGAGGAGACACAGACCGAACAGCCGCAGAAACCGGAAGCGGUCCCUCUGCAGACGAUCGUGGAGGUAAUCAACCCAAUGUUGGCAGGUGAUGGUCAUCCGCAUGACAUCGCUAUUGGCCGGUACAACGACGUUGCGUACGGUGAUGACUCACUGGCAGCCAACCCGCUCGAAUACGGCCGGUUUGCGUAUGAACAUGGUGCGUACGAGUCCAUCAACGACAAGAUGAAGCACGUCCUGCGCGAACUGAAGCAGAACGAGAAGGUGCGGCAGAGCCUGUCACGGAGUUUGACAGAGGACGAGAUAGCGGCGUUGCAGGCUGCCGAUGGAACUGCAGAAGAGGAAGAUCACGAGGAAGAAGAAGAAGAGCUGGAGCUGGAAGAGGAGGAGGAACCGGAACGAUACGAGGAGAAGACGGGCGCAAUCGGGACGGUGUUUAUGGUGCGUGAACGGCUCAUCAACGAUUUCUACACCCAUCAGAGUGACCUCGCACAGGAGCAACAGCAGCAACAGCGGAAGUACAACCAGAAGCUGCUAGAGGACGCGUCCUAUCGUGACUGCGAGGUGAUAACGAACCCGAACGCCGAGGGCUUUUCCCAGGUGUUCGACAACCAUUCCGGCCAGCUGUAUCAGCAGUCGUUGCAGUCGGAGAAGCUGCGUGCGGUGUUCGGCAGUGAUGGCGAGGACGACGACAAGGACGAUGACAAGGACGAUGAGGAUGAGGAGCGGGAUGACCAGCGAAACGGAAAUGCCGGAACCGAUGGUAUGAUGCCUGUGAGAGUGGCUGACGACACUACCACUACUGUGCGGGCCUCACCAUCUCCACCGCCUCCAGCUUCAGCAACUACCGGAGCCACCGGGGCUAACAAGCGGAAGAAGCGAAAGGGCAAGAAGAAGAAGUGAACACCGGUAGAGCCUGUUUCCGAGACGAUGACGACGACGAUGACGACGAUGAUCCGUAUCUUCCAGGAGCGCCGGCUCCUUAGAUAAAUGUAGACGAUGUAAACGUGUACCGGCACGGUGUUAGGAAGUACUGUCAAGGAUGCGUUUCCGGUUGCGGGAGCUAUAGUCAGGCGUCGAGGGCAGCUGUUUCGGCACACGAGAUAGAGAGACGUAGAAGCAGAUUACUUUUCCAAUUAAUAUUACUUCCUUUUUUUAAACCCCCUAUUAUUAACGGUUCGAAGCCCGACGCGGCCUCGCGUGUAGGCGAUAAUGAUAAUUUAUCCUUCAGUUUCGGCCGUUCU